UAAAAACAAUAGAUUCACAGAAAAAAACCUCUCUCUCAUUCUCUCUCUACUUUCUCUCUCUACAAAGUAGAGUGUAAGAACAAGCUUCGGUUUGUGUGGAGUUUCAUGAACUUCGACUCAAACUGAGAACAACUCACAAAUUCCAUUUCAGGAACCGAACCGUGUUGUGUUGUGUUUGUAUUUGUAUUGUAUUAUCAGUGUUGUGUAGCUUGUACUGUGGUGUAUUGUGAUUGGUGAAAAAGUUGUCAGUAUAAUACAGAGUAUACUUGUACUGUUUUGAAGUUGCAAACAAUGGACAAUAACGUGGGUCAAGACUCAAUUGAUAAGUCUAGGGUUUUAAAUAUUAAGCCAUUGAGGACUCUUGUUCCUGUGUUCCCUUCACCGUCUAAUCCUGCUUCAUCUUCAACUCCACAAGGUGGUGCUCCUUUUGUUUGUGCUUCUCCUGCUGGUCCUUUUCCAACUGGUGUUGCGCCGUUUUAUCCGUUCUUUGUUUCGCCGGAAUCUCAGAGGCUUUCCGACCAGAAUGCACCGAAUCCGACCCCCACCCCAAUAUCUACUGCUGUUCCAAUUAAUUCAUUCAAGACUCCAACUGCGGCGACAAAUGGAGAUGUUGGUUCGUCACGGAGGGCUAGCCGGAAUCGCGCUGCACAUCUCAUGGAGGAAGAAGGGUACAAUACUGCUGAGAUAAAUGAACUUGAUUUAGAAGAUGGAACUGGGAAUGGGAGUUCAAAGCGGAAGAAGAGGGGAAGGGCGAAGCGUGGUAGCGGUGCUGGUGCUAGUGCUGAUGGCGGUGUUGGUGGUGUGGUUCCUGCUGAUGUUGAUCUGGAUGUAGUGGCUAAUGAUAUUAUUCAAUCAAUUAAUCCCAUGGUUUUUGAUGUAAUAAAUCAUCCGGAUGGUAGCAGGGACUCAGUUUCAUAUACGCUUAUGAUAUAUGAAGUGAUGCGAAGAAAGCUUGGACAAAUUGAAGAGUCAAUUAAGGACACUUAUGGAGCUAAGCGGCCUGAUUUGAAGGCAGGCAAUGUUAUGAUGACCAAAGGGGUUAGGAGUAACAGCAAGAAAAGGAUUGGACUUGUGCCUGGUGUUGAGAUUGGGGAUAUUUUCUUUUUCCGAUUUGAGUUGUGCUUAGUGGGAUUACAUGCACCUUCUAUGGCUGGAAUCGAUUAUCUGGGUUCCAAAGCAAGUCAAGAGGAAGAGCCAUUGGCUGUUAGUAUUGUCUCGUCCGGAGGGUAUGAAGAUAAUACUGACGAUGGGGAUGUGCUGAUUUACAGUGGCCAAGGUGGAGUUAAUCGCGAGAAGGGAGCAAGUGAUCAAAAGCUUGAAAGGGGUAAUCUUGCAAUGGAGAAGAGCAUGCAUAGAGGUAAUGAUGUGAGAGUAAUUAGAGGUUUGAAGGAUGUAAUGCAUCCAUCAGGGAAGGUAUAUGUCUAUGAUGGUAUUUACAAGAUUCAGGAUUCAUGGGUGGAGAAAGCAAAGUCCGGCUUUAAUGUAUUCAAGUAUAAAUUAGUAAGGAUGCCCGGACAGCCCGAAGCAUAUUCAACAUGGAAAUCUGUUCAACAAUGGACUGAUAAGUCGGCUCCAAGAACCGGGGUCAUAUUGCCUGAUCUUACUUCUGGGGCUGAAAAAGUGCCUGUUUGUCUUGUGAACGAUGUUGACAACGAGAAGGGCCCUGCAUAUUUCACUUAUAUCCCUACUCUCAAGAAUUCGAGAGCAAUUGCUCCUGUGGAACCUACUGCUGGAUGUUCUUGUAUUGGUGGAUGUCAACCUGGAAAUUACAACUGUUCCUGCAUUCAAAAGAAUGGAGGUUUACUUCCGUAUUCUGCUUCUGGGUUAGUCGCGGAUCUAAAAUCCGUGAUACAUGAGUGUGGUCCUUCUUGUCAAUGUCCCUCUACUUGCCGAAACCGGGUUUCCCAAGUUGGCCUGAAAUUUCGUUUGGAGGUGUUCAGAACCAAGAAUAAAGGUUGGGGUCUAAGAUCGUGGGAUGCUAUUCGUGCUGGAACUUUUAUAUGUGAGUAUGCAGGGGAAGUCAUAGACAGUGCUAGGGCAGAGAUGCUUGGUGGUGAAAACGAAGACGAGUACAUUUUUGAUUCUACUCGCAUCUAUCAGCAGCUGGAAAUUUUUCCUGCCGACAUUGAAGCUCCAAAGAUCCCAUCCCCGCUUUAUAUAACGGCAAAAAAUGAAGGAAAUGUUGCUCGGUUUAUGAAUCAUAGCUGCUCUCCAAAUGUGUUGUGGCGUCCGAUUGUACGUGAAAAUAAGGAUGAAUCAGAUCUCCACAUUGCUUUCUUUGCAAUUAGACACAUCCCUCCCAUGGUGGAGUUAACUUAUGAUUAUGGGAUAAAUCUUCCUCUCAAAGCUGGUCAGAGGAAAAAGAAAUGCUUAUGUGGAUCUGUGAAAUGCAGGGGCUACUUUUGUUAAUUGUCUGUCGAGUUUUGGACGAGUGACCCCUUAAUAAUUGUACUUAUGGAUAAGUUCUAGUUUAUGUCAGACAGCAGCAGGAAUGGAUUAUUUAGAAAGAAGAUGUUAGCACGCCAAUUUUUCCUGUCAUUUUGGCAGUUGUAGUGAAUUGGCACAAGAAACAUCAGGUUUUCAACUUUUGAAAAGUUAACUGUAACUCUUGUAAGACUCAUUUUGUGUAAGUUAUUUCCGUUUGGCUGCUAGCAUACUGUUAUUUAUUUCUCUUGGGAAGGAUUGUGAACAGGAUCUCUUAGUCCAUUUGGUAAGGAUGAACUUAAGAUGUAGAUUCAAAAGUUUAGUUUGUUUGCUAUCUUUUUUUUGGAAUUUGCCGAAGAUUAUUGUGGCAAUAUCAAUGGUUAUUUUGUGUCUAUAUGAUCUUUCUUUCA